AUGGACUACACAAAAUGGAGCCCAAAGGAACUUGCUCAACAGCUUAAAAACCUUGGUUUUGAGGCAUAUGCACGAAAUUUCCGAAUUAAUGAUCUAAAAGGUUCGCAUCUUCCAUUUUUAACAGAAGAACACUUAAAAGAGAUGGGAAUUACUAAAAUUGGACACAGAAUAUUACUUAUGAAACGUAUUAAACAGAUAAUUAAUGGCGAAAAUCCUACUCCCGUCCACUUAUCUGGAGCACCUGCAAAUCAUGAUUCACGACCAUCCUCAACUUAUAGUUCUUCUCCAUCUACUCCUCAAGAAACUGAACAUAAUAUCCCACAGAGGGUUAUGCAGCGUCGCCAACAGCAAGAACAACAACAAACACAACAAUCAGAAGAGGAAUCUUCAAAUCAAUACGAUUUAAGACAAUCAGUUCAUUCUAAAUUACGUUACCUUAGUCAAAAACAACCAGAAGAAGAUAAUACAGCACAAUUAAGUUCUCGAUCUAGGAAUUCUAGAAUUCAACCAGCGCCAGAGAAAGAAACAUUUAGUACAGCGGCUUCUAACUCGUCUGAUGCAGGACAAACAGAAGGAGAUGGAAAAGUUACUUGCCAAUAUUGCGGUAGAAGGUUAGCUCCUGAUGCAGCAAGAAGGCAUAUUCCAGUAUGUGCUAAAAUUAGAGGAAAACUAAUGAAAAAGUAA